CAGCGAGUCUCAGAGCCAUCACCGGAACUGAGGGCCCAGGUUUUCUGCGAGUGCAAACAAGCAGAGUCUGGCUCCGUAAAUCUCCCCAAGAGCGUCGGGAGCGGUGCCGGGGCUCCCCUCCACCCCCACCCUCGCCUCCCGAUGGCCCCUCCAGCGCCCACCUCGGGCCCCCUCCUACCCCAGCCUUCCUGCCCUCCCCCCCGCCGACCUCUUUCUCCAUCCCGUCCAGUCACCCACCCUCGCUUCGCCCACCCUCUUUUAGCCAGUCCCCAGGGGCCUCCCGGCUUGCAGCCUCCUGCCCCUCCAGCCGUCACCUCCCCUCCCUGGGCCCGCCACCUCCCUCUCUCCUUCUCCGCCUCCCGGCAGGCGGGAUCUUCUCCGGGGCGGUCAAGCCUCGCGGGUCGCUGCGGCGUCACACCUGUCUGAGGGGGCGGCGGCGGCGGCGGCGGGGCGGGGGCUCGCAGCGCCUUUGACACCCGAGGAAAAGAGGGAGGAGGGAGAGCGCGUUUGUUUCAUCAUCGGCGGCGGCCACUUAUAAAACUUCUGGGCGCGCACUCCUGGCUCAGUCUCCGCGCCACGAACCUCCUCCGGCCACCGCCGCAGCGCUCGCCUCUCACCCGCCCGGCCGCUCCAGCCCGAGACGCCCCAGCCCCGGGGCCCGCCGCCCCCACCAGCUCCGCUCCCCGCCAUCCGCCCGUAGCCAUGGGGCUCCUACCCAAGCUUGGCGAGCCCCAGGGCAGCGACGCCUCUUCUAGCCGAGCCGGCCGCUGUGCCCGCUCGGUCUUCGGCAACAUUAAGGUGUUUGUGCUCUGCCAAGGCCUCCUGCAGCUCUGCCAGCUCCUGUACAGUGCCUACUUCAAGAGCAGCCUCACCACAAUUGAGAAGCACUUUGGGCUCUCCAGUUCUUCAUCAGGUCUCAUUUCCAGCCUGAAUGAGAUCAGCAAUGCCAUCCUCAUCAUCUUUGUCAGCUACUUUGGCAGCUGGGUGCACCGUCCACGUCUGAUUGGCAUCGGAGGUCUCUUCCUGGCUGCAGGUGCCUUCAUCCUUACUCUCCCACACUUCCUCUCCGAGCCCUACCAGUACACCUUGGCCAGCACUGGAAACAACAGCCGCUUGCAGGCCGAGCUCUGCCAGAAGCAUUGGCAGGACCUGCCUCCCAGUAAGUGCCACAGCACCACCCAGAACCCCCAGAAGGAGACCAGCAGCAUGUGGGGCCUGAUGGUGGUUGCCCAGCUGCUGGCUGGCAUCGGGACAGUGCCUAUUCAGCCAUUUGGGAUCUCCUAUGUGGACGACUUCUCAGAGCCCAGCAACUCGCCCCUGUACAUCUCCAUCUUAUUUGCCAUCUCUGUUUUUGGACCGGCUUUUGGGUACCUGCUGGGCUCUGUCAUGCUGCAGAUCUUUGUGGACUACGGCAGGGUCAACACAGCUGCAGUUAACUUGGUCCCGGGUGACCCCCGAUGGAUUGGAGCCUGGUGGCUAGGCCUGCUCAUUUCUUCAGCCCUCUUGGUUCUCACCUCUUUCCCCUUUUUUUUCUUCCCCCGAGCAAUGCCCAGAGGAACAAAGAGGGCUCCUGCCACAGCAGACGAAGCAAGGAAGUUGGAGGAGGCCAAGUCAAGAGGCUCCCUGUUGGAUUUCAUUAAACGGUUUCCCCGCAUCUUUCUGAGGCUCCUGAUGAACCCGCUCUUCGUGCUGGUGGUCCUGGCCCAGUGCACCUUCUCCUCCGUCAUUGCUGGCCUCUCCACCUUCCUCAACAAGUUCCUGGAGAAGCAGUAUGGCACCUCAGCAGCCUAUGCCAACUUCCUCAUCGGUGCUGUGAACCUCCCUGCUGCAGCCCUGGGGAUGCUCUUUGGAGGAAUCCUCAUGAAGCGCUUCGUUUUCUCUCUGCAAACCAUCCCCCGUGUAGCCACCACCAUCAUCACCAUCUCCAUGAUCCUCUGUGUUCCUCUGUUCUUCAUGGGGUGCUCCACCCAGACUGUGGCUGAAGUCUAUCCCCCUAGCACAUCAAGUCCUGCACAUCCGCAGCCUCCUGCCUGCCGCAGGGACUGCUCGUGUCCAGAUUCUAUCUUCCACCCGGUCUGUGGGGACAAUGGAAUCGAGUACCUCUCCCCUUGCCACGCCGGCUGCAGCAAUGUCAACAUGAGCUCUGCAACCUCCAAGCAAGUGAUCUAUUUGAACUGCAGCUGUGUGACUGAGGGAUCUGCUUCAGCAAAAACGGGAUCGUGCCCUUCCCCCUGUGCCCACUUCCUGCUCCCGGCCAUCUUCCUCAUCUCCUUCGUGUCUCUGAUAGCCUGCAUCUCCCACAACCCCCUCUACAUGAUGGUUCUGCGUGUGGUGAACCAGGAGGAAAAGUCAUUUGCCAUCGGGGUGCAGUUCUUGCUGAUGCGCUUGCUAGCUUGGCUGCCAUCUCCAGCCCUCUAUGGCCUCACCAUUGACCACUCCUGCAUCCGGUGGAACUCGCUGUGCUUGGGGAGGCGAGGGGCCUGUGCCUACUACGACAAUGACGCUCUCCGAGACAGGUACCUGGGCCUGCAGAUGGGCUACAAGGCGCUGGGCAUGCUGCUACUUUGCUUCAUCAGCUGGAGGGUGACGAAGAACAAGGAGUACAAUGUGCAGGAGAAGGAGGCAGGCCUCAUAUGACCCCAGCCCAGGCCACUGCCCUGCUCCAGAGAGUGGACCUUGCCUCUUCCAUACCUGCCUAUAUUCACUAAUGUUAACACAUCAUUUCCUUUUUGUAUUUUUAAACAAGAAAAAAAAUCCCAGUCCUCAUUUGCCUUCCCUACCCCCUCCUCUCAGAGUCCUCCCCAUGGUUCCUAAGGGCCCCUGUGCAUCUGUGCUGUGUGGGCCGGAGCUGAGGGGCAGAGUCUUCCCUGGCCCCUUGGAAGGGGCCCUCAGAUGUCCAGGCUCACUUCAGUGCUGGGUCCUCCAGCAAGGAUGCCACUGAGGCAGCCAGGCCCCUCACCAGCCCUGGGGGGAGUCCUAAACAGAGAGAGAAAAAGGGUAUCUGCUCUCCUUGCCGGGCAGCUCCACUCUCCUGCUGACUGCCUGCGCCCUGCAGAGCGGCAGGGGUCAGAGGAAGAAGCGGGUGGCUGAGUUAUUAACAGCCAGAGCCACUGGGAGCCUGGGGAGCCUGGCUGUAGCUCUUUGCACCUGGGUUUGGCAUCAGCACGGACUAUGCAAGGGGCUGGCUCCCUCCCCCUCAGAUCCUCACUUCCUGUACCUAGAGGUCAUUCUGGGUGCUGCCAUGUUGGGAAGUACAGCCUCUGCCCAUUACCUGCACGCAGGCACCAGAGCAGGGACUGAGAAGCCCCAAGGAUGGGUCAACUAAAUGCUGCUCAUAGGAACCCUGGACCUUUCUGUCCUUAGAUCCUCACGUUUAUCACUGUCUUUCUGGGGUACGUUUCAAACCAAGAAAGCUACAGCAUAGUGAAGACCCAUGGAAGCCUAUGAAAUGGUCCCGAUGCCCAACCUCCCACCCCUUCAAUGUGGAGACGAGACCCCUCAUCUCAGAGUAAUGGGAAGAACCUCCCACACCUCCCUGGCGGCAGGUGAGGUGGGUUCACAUGCACUUCCCUAUCUGGACUUCAGCCUGUAUUCUGAGUAGAGAGGCAGUCUGAGACGUCAGCAAAGCAAGUGAUGAAGCGGAGUAGAUAUCUACUGUCACCAAGCUGGAUGGCAAGUGAUGAAGCGGAGUGGAUAUCCGCUGUCACCAACUGGAUGGCAAGCUGCGACCCCAAAACAGAGCCAGUAAGCUUGGCUUUUCUGGUUUCAGACAUGCUCGUACCAUCAACAUUUUCUCAGCCUCUUCUCACUGCCUCCAGAGAGGUGGGUGCCUGGGUUAAGACACUGCCGCUAUGUGAUAGAGGUUGAGAGACAGAAGGCAACAAAGAAGCCAUUCUUCAACAAAUAUGAUAUUUAUUGGAGACUGACUUUGUACAAAGCAGUGCUAAUAUAGGGUUCUCCACGGAACUUCCCUCAGCUCUUAACUUACUUCAUUAGGGCCUCAUUUACAUUAGGGCCUCCCAGGGUGUGUGCGGUGGGCAGUGUGGGACUGGGGGCAUGGGGGUUGGUGAGAGCAGGAGGAGAGGUAGGGAGAGCAAGAAGCCACGGUUUGGCAUGAAGGAUCCUGACCUGACUAUGCAUGCCAUCUACGGCCCCCAGACUGACUCUGCAUCUGGCCCUUUGCCAAACAGGUCUGGCUUAUCAUGUCCUUUGGAGCAGCUGGGUAUGAGUCAUGGCCAUAUAUGACCCUUAAGUGCCACUCUCCUUGGAAGACCCCCUCCAGAAGCAUACUAGAAGCCACCUCUGAAAAGGCCUCAUAUGGUGAUAUGCCAAAAUAUGUAUGUCAAUGUCUAAACAAUGUUCAAUGUCAUGAGACUGAAGUCUUUGUGGAAACCACUGUUACAGAAAGGCUUAUUUCGAAAGCCACCUUAUUUCCAAAGAUCUCACUCAGGAAGGGAGGCUCCAUGUGACCUCAGGGGACAGUUUUAGCAUUUGAAAUGGUUCUGCUUGGAAAAUGAUUCCCUGCAACUAAUCCUGGUCUUUCCCACGGCAAUUUAUCAAAAUAUGGAAGGCACUGCCUUCAGCUGAGUUCAUGAACAAUGGAUGCCAACCUUCAGAUUCUGGAAGACUGGUUUGCCCUCCCAAACCUUUAUUCUAUUAUAAUAUUACUAUUAAAAUAUUCUAAUUUUGCUAUUGA